AUGACUGCCUUCCACGAACAUGCUCCAUCUAGCUACAUGCCAUCGUCUCGUCGGAGCCGCAUGGCCAUUGAUUCUCUACUGAACCCGUCGGCGGAGAAUGACUCUUCCUCUUCUAAACUUCAUUACGUCCCCAGUCCACAAUUCUCGCCUAUCUAUCCACCUAGUCCCAAUCACUACAUCUACUCCUUUGCGGACAGCCGGUCCUACCGUGAUCUCUCCAGCUCAUCUCAAGAACCGUCCUAUCCGCCCUAUCCGUCACGGUCUGCCGAGUCUUCACCAGGUGCGUACUCGCGGGACCGCUAUGAUUCGGUCUCCAGCAGCUCCAGUAAUGCCGCCGAGCGACGGCGACCUCCUCGCCCCAAGUACGAGGAGGAGGAGAUGUACUUCAUUUGGUACCACCGCGUGGAUCUCUGCCAGGAGUGGAAGGAGGUGCGAGAAAGUUUCAACCGACAGUUCCCCAAUCGACAACGACGCGGAUUCCAGGGGAUCCAGUGCAAAUUUUACCGAUUCAUCAAGGAGAAAAAGUGUCCAACACUGCGAGAGCAGCGACGCAUGCGUGAUGGCGAGUUCCUUCGUGAGGGCUCGGGACUAGUUGAUUCAUCGGCCCCGAAGUACGGAGUGAUCGAAUGGGUGGGUGUCUGGUAUCCAUGGAUGCGUGAGAACAAAGAGCAAGUCAACAGCCUACGGCUCUCAUCAUAA